AGUGAUCAGCCGUCGGCCCAACACCUGCGAUUCGUGCACGCCACUAGCUAGUGCAGAACGUGCGGCUGUUGUAGACCGGCUCGCCAUCGGAAUGUGGUGACUGUCUGUGUUGUGGUGGUGAUAUUGUGCGCGCAUACUAGCCGACCAGCUAUAUGACGGCGGCCGUGAGCGGUGACUUGUAUCGCCGGAGCGACGUUGAGCUUCCGAGUACGUCGAAGGGCGACGGCUCGGCAGAGCAUUCUUCUUCCAACGUCAGCCCGGCACACGCGCCAUCCGGUGCAGGCCGCGAGCUGUCAUGGCGGUUGUCUGGCGGCCAGCGCGUCGGCUGGCGCUGGUACGUGGUCGUAUGCGCACUCUCCUGGCUGUGCUACGUAAACGCACUCGGCUGUGGAUUUGUCUUCGACGACGCAUCGGCUAUUCGGGACAACCGGGACCUUCGGCCAUCGACGCCCAUUGGCAGGCUGUUUGCAAAUGAUUUCUGGGGAACAGCCAUCCACAAGGCCGGAGUGUUAUUGCUUCAUUAUCGCAGGGUCUGCUCCACCACGGUGCCUGUGAAGACGAGUGUCGCAGCUGCUCUGCUCUUCGCCGUCCACCCUGUUCACACCGAAGCGGUGACUGGUGUAGUUGGCCGAGCCGAGUCCCUCUCAUCUGUUUUCUUCCUGCUCUCCUUCCUGGCCUACAGCAGAGCCAUCGGUGACUCCAGGCGCACUGAAUGGCGCCCGCUGGCGACGUGUGUGGCCUUGGUGGUGCUGGCAACUCUCAGCAAGGAGCAAGGCAUCACCGUGGUUGCCGUCUGCUUUGUCUACGAGAUAUUCGUCGUUCAGCAGAUUCGUCCUAAUCGUGUGAUUCAAGUCCUUCGUUCUCUGUCCUGGAGCACAGUGUGCGCUUCCCCGACCAAGUUGGCUUCUUCAUCAGCUGUGGUGUAUUACGGCUGGCACUGCUUGCUGCGCAUUGGCACACUCUCCCUCAGUGCAUUCCUGCUGAUGGCCAUCCGACUGCACAUCAUGGGUGCUCAGCUGCCUGUUUUCACCAAGUGA